AUGUCUUUACUAACCAACGAAGAUUUAGAUUUUAUAAACGAAAAAAAUGAAAUAAAUAAAUUUUUGUUUUUUAUUAAAGAAUUUAAUGAUACAUAUAAAUAUGAUGGUACUUAUGGUUCAAUAACUGGUGAUAUAUCUAAUGAUGUACCACCAUAUCCAGGUGAAGGUGAACAAUUUACUGAUGUAUUUCAAACAAGUGACUAUGAAACGGCAAUAACAGAGACAUAUAGUAAUUUAGCAUCAGCAGUUAAUUUUUCACAAUAUUUUGGUAAUGAUGAGUGGUCUAUUACAUGUUUACCAAAAUCAGCUCGAAAUGAACCAAAAUCACGUAUACGAAAAAUGUUACCUGGUGGUAAAGAUGAUAAAUUCGAUGGAACAUCAUCAACAGGAACAACAACAAAUCAAAAACGUGGAUUUUUAAAUCGCAUUCGUGCAGGUGUAAAUACACUUGUACGUGAUGAGAAUAAUAUGUUAUUUGGUGAACGUUCAAAUUAUGAUAUGCUUCAAUAUGAAGAUGAAGAAGAUAGUGUUGAUGCAGAUGAUUUACAUCGUUAUGCACAACAAUUACGUGAUUUAGAAGAUAAUGAUAGAGAAAUAAAUCCUGAAUAUCUUGUUUUACGUGAUGGUAAAACAGUUUAUGCUGUACACGAAACUGAUGCUGAUGGAAAAACAACAUUAUCAACACGUAAACCAAUUUAUGAUCGUUUUUUUGAUCAAACACCUGAUGAUGAACAAAUAAGAAAAAUGAAAAUUUUCUCUCGUAUAAAACGUACAUUUUCUCGUAAUAAACAGAAAGACAAAGACAAUCUAAGUAUCACUUCACCAAAAUCAACUUAUGAUACACUGAAUGGUGAUAGAAAACGAAACAUAAAAAAAUCAAGCAGCAAAUAUAUUGAUGAUGGCAUGACAACAACAGCAAAUAGUGAACUGUUAAUGAAUUGA